GGUUAAAAAAAAAGAGUGAGAAGAAGAAGAAGGAGGAGAAGAAGAAGAAGAAGCGGGGAAGAAAGGGAGCGCAGCGGGGGUGCAGGGAGCCGAGCGUGCAGGCAUGGCGGCGCUGCCCGGCACGGUCCCCAGGAUGAUGCGGCCAGCCCCGGGCCAGAACUACCCGCGCACCGGCUUCCCGCUGGAAGUGUCCACCCCGCUGGGCCAAGGCCGUGUCAACCAGCUUGGGGGGGUCUUCAUCAACGGGCGACCCCUGCCCAACCACAUCCGCCACAAGAUCGUGGAGAUGGCCCACCACGGCAUCCGACCCUGCGUCAUCUCCCGCCAGCUGCGGGUCUCCCAUGGCUGCGUCUCCAAGAUUCUCUGCCGCUACCAGGAGACCGGGUCCAUCCGGCCAGGGGCCAUCGGCGGCAGCAAGCCCAGACAGGUGGCCACUCCGGACGUGGAGAAGAAGAUCGAGGAGUACAAGAGAGAAAACCCGGGCAUGUUCAGCUGGGAGAUCCGAGAUCGGCUGCUGAAGGAUGGGCACUGUGACCGCAGCACCGUGCCCUCAGGUUUAGUGAGUUCGAUUAGCCGUGUGCUCAGAAUCAAGUUCGGGAAGAAAGAGGAGGAGGAUGAAACCGACAAAAAGGAGGAUGACGGGGAGAAGAAAGCCAAGCACAGCAUCGACGGCAUCCUGGGCGACAAAGGGAACCGCCUGGAUGAAGGCUCGGACGUGGAGUCAGAACCGGAUCUGCCGCUGAAGCGCAAACAACGCCGUAGCCGGACCACCUUCACGGCCGAGCAGCUGGAGGAGCUGGAGAAGGCCUUCGAGCGGACUCACUACCCCGACAUCUACACCCGCGAGGAGCUGGCCCAGAGGACCAAGCUGACGGAGGCGCGCGUCCAGGUAUGGUUCAGUAACCGCCGUGCCCGUUGGCGUAAGCAGGCAGGAGCCAACCAGCUGGCCGCCUUCAACCACCUUCUGCCGGGGGGCUUCCCUCCCACGGGCAUGCCCACGCUGCCCCCCUACCAGCUGCCGGAUUCCACCUACCCCACCACCACCAUCUCCCAAGAUGGGGGCAGCACGGUGCACCGGCCCCAGCCCCUGCCACCAUCCACCAUGCACCAGGGGGGCCUGGCCGCCGCGGCCGCUGACACCAGCUCUGCCUACGGCGCCCGCCACAGUUUCUCCAGCUACUCGGACAGCUUCAUGACCCCGGCGGCACCCUCCAACCACAUGAACCCCGUCAGCAACGGCCUGUCUCCUCAGGUGAUGAGCAUUCUCAGCAACCCCAGCGCCGUGCCACCUCAGCCGCAGGCCGACUUCUCCAUCUCCCCUCUGCACGGUGGGCUGGACUCAGCCACAUCCAUCUCGGCCAGCUGCAGCCAGAGGGCCGACUCCAUCAAGCCGGGAGACAGCCUGCCCACCUCCCAGUCCUACUGCCCGCCCACCUACAGCACCACCGGCUACAGCGUGGACCCCGUGGCCGGCUACCAGUACGGCCAGUACGGCCAGACUGCUGUUGAUUAUCUGGCCAAAAACGUGAGCCUGUCCACACAGCGCCGCAUGAAGCUUGGGGAGCACUCGGCCGUGCUGGGACUGCUGCCUGUGGAAACUGGCCAGGCCUACUAGGCUGCGGGCGGG